CUACGCGUUAACAGAUCUCGAGUAGAACAUGUCGGAGAAAAACAUGGAGGAGAAAGUUGAACAAGCUGCAAGUAGUAAAACCAUAUCUUUGCCUAUUUCGAGGGUCCGAUUAAUCAUGAAAAGCUCUCCUGAUGUUUCAUGUAUCAACCAAGACGCUCUUUUCCUGACAACAAAAGCAACGGAGCUUUUUGUCCAGCAUUUGGCUUUGGCUUCGUAUAAAAAUGGUUCGGGUAGAGAGACUAACACAUUGUCCUACAGUGAUCUGGCAAAUACAGCAGAGGAAACGGAAACAUUUCAGUUUCUAACUGAUAUCCUUCCAAGGAAAAUCCUAGCUGGAGAUUAUCUCAAAUCACUUGAAGAAAUGGGAAAAGAUGAUGACAACCUGUAGUGAUUUAUCACAUAGGGAAUGGUUGUGAACUGGUCCUGACCACUUCAUUAACACUCUUUAAAAGCAAUGGAUUAACCUUAGGAUUUCAAGAAUCAGGACACAUUACCCAAAGAAAUGUACUUUUACACCUCUGUUGUUUUAGAGAGGUACUGUACAUGUUUUACUCCUAGCGUAGUCAAUGUUUUAGCAACCACUUACACUAAUGUUGUGUUAAUCAAAAUGCAUAUACUCUGUAGAUUUACCACCAAACUACUGUGAGUAUAUGUAUUCAUUGGCUUUGUCUCAUUUAAUAUUUCAUGCCAUGUUAUGUGCACAUUUAGGGAUGAUUCUUCAUCCAGCUGCUACAAUCCAAACAUCCAUUUCUUUUAACAAUUCACACUUUGUUCAUGUUCCUUCAGUCUAAAAAUGUAGCAUUGAUCAUGGUUUAGAAAGGACUUUUAAUGUUAUAUUUAAAUGGGCAUUAUACUUGCUAACUGCUGUGAUAAAAAAUAAUAUAGAUUCAUAUUUGCAUUCAUGCAGUGUAAAGGUCAAAUAAUAAUAAGCCAGUAAUUCAUAUAGUUUUGUUCAGGUAUUUUCCUAUUAACAUGUAAAUUCUGGCUUUAUCAACACUGGCCCCAUGUUCUUAACAUACAUGGAUAAUAUGCAAACAUACAUAAGAUACUGUUCCUCCGCCUGGUCUGCCGAAACCCAUUAGCUUUUAGCACAGGACUGUUUUGUAGUUUUGAUAACUUUCCAUGCACUGAAUUUUUGUACUUGAGAGCUUAGACUACAUCUGAAGACAUAUAUUGUGUUUUGUAUAGUUUUUAAAUGCUUAAACAUUAAAUGCUUUGUAUUUUAAUAAAUGCAUUUGCUGAUUA